CGAGCACGCGCACACAGGUUCACGCAGUGAGGGAGAAGAGCGAGUCGUAAACGCAGUGGAUCAUAUGCCAACAGAUCACCCCACGUUUUUAUACCGAAACAAACUAGUAUAUGGUAGGAUAGAGCAAGACUGCAUUUUAAUCUUAAUUCUGUAGCAUCACCUGAACUUUCACGUGCUACUGUUUAUUCACAUUCAAAAUGAGAAAGAUUAUAAUGAUUUUUGCAGUCAUUUUGCAUUAGAUUAAGUUCUCAACAAAAGAAAUCCAAAAUUUAUACGGACACAUACGUUUGAUUUUGCCACACAUCAGUUGUCAUAAACAUUGGGAAUGGAUGUGAACGCUGACACCAGCAUUCCCACUGCUGCACCUGGUGUGGUGGAGGAAGAACAGCAGCAGCAACAGUCAGAGCAGGAGACCAGUCAGCAACCAGGCACAGAGUUGGACCUCACCACUACAACCUCACAGCCAGUCGAGAAUAAGCAACAAGAUCCACCCUCCACCACAACACCUACACCUGCUGUAGACCCCGUCCCCUCUCAGGAUGCCCCACCUAAAGACCACCUGGCAGUCAUCGACGAGAAGAUGGAAACAAGUAAUGGUGUUUGCCCUGGUCCUAUCAAAAGGUCUCCGACCGCUUCUUCUCCUCCUCGUCAGCAGCACGCCAAGCCCAACCACGCGCACGCAAAUGGGAGAGCCAGGCUGAGCAGCCGCUCUGGGUCAGUGAGUUACGCGGGGUCGCCUCGACCGUCACUCUCCCGACAGCCCAGCGCGGCCACUGAUGUUGGAGACGGAUCCAAACCCAACGAUUAUCUCAUUUGGGCUAUUCUGGCCUGCCUCUGCCCUGUCUGGCCCAUUAACAUCGUCGGCUUGACCUUCUCAGUCAUGUCUCGAAACAGUCUGCAGCAGGGCAAUGUGGAUGGUGCGCGUCGUCUUGGCCAGAAUGCAAAGAUCUUGUCCAUCGUGUCAUUGGUGGGUGGGAUUAUCAUCAUUAUUGUUACUAUCGUCAUCAACUGGGGUGUAAUACUUAAGACCUGAUGGCCGUCACGACCCUCGGGGGCGAAGUAAAAUUCACAACCAACAACCAAUCCAUGAUGACCAUUUUCUUCUUCCAUGCUUCAUUCAUCUCUCUACAUCUGAAUGCUCCUGAAUGCUUUUUCAGUUGUUUUAUACUCUAUCUGAAGACUCUGAAGCUGGAUGUUACCUUUAUCAUCUAUCAUGCCAGAACUAUCAAAAACAACAUGGACUCUUCAGCUCUACGAAUGCCUGGAAUCACGAGCGAAGCGGCAAGGCAUGCAUGGUUUUUUCAACAAAGGACUCACAUGAGAUGAUGUCAGUGAGGAGACCACAAAUAUGAUCUCAUUUCAUUUGUCAUGCACCCCUUGAGGAUGUGAGGGAGAAAAAGAAUGAAAGGGAAUGGGAAGGGAUUUGAUUAGAAGAUUAGAAGUAUUUUUUACGCACAAGCUCAGUUUACAAUCCUUGUUUUCUCAGAAGCAUGAAUCCAUAAAGAAAAGCUCAGAUUAAAAUGUAAUUGAUUAUAUAAAACAGCAGAUGGCUUCCGAAUUGGCAUCCAUCCACAGAUGAGUCCGAUUACUUUAAGAGCUGCUGUAGACACACUUUUGUCUAGGCUUUCUUUUUUCCUUUGAUGGAAGGAUGAGACGGAUGAACUGCACCCAGCGUUUAAACAUUUUUGAUUAGACAUGAUGAUUGUCACAAAAAAUUGAACGGCACAGGAGCCUCUCUUUCUUUCUCUCUCUCAGAAUUUACAGAGAUGCAGGUUAACACACAUAAACAAAAAACGAUGUAUCAGAGAAUCCUACAGAUAGAGAAGGAGGGAGAGGUGAGGAGAAAGUGGGAGGGAUCGAGACCUAGCUGCAGUCUUUUGUUUCACACAGAUGGAGGGAUGGAGAAAGAAGGAUAGAGGAGGAGAGGAGGGGGCAGCAGCUUCAGAUGAAAAGAUACCCCAGAGAUGGCGAGAUGUAGGGAAUGCAGUAGUGUUGAGCGGGAUCUGAGUUGCCUCUGAUUGGCUGCUUGAAUGUAUGUGUGUGCGUGUGUGUGAGGAAGCCAAUACCGUAAUGCUUGCCAACACGCCCUCCCCUCUUCCUCACAGCUAUGCUCAGCUAGAUCCUUCAAGGCAAAACAGAAAAAAAACAUUAUUUUAUUAUUGUGUUUUAGCAGUAUGAGGCAAAACGAUGAUACAAGCAGUGAUGUUUUUAUACCGUGAUGUUUACAAGAGAAUCAGACACAUUCAGCAGGAACGCUAGGACCAUGACGAAUUAUUUUAUACAGCUACAAAAUGUUUGUUUGGUUGAUUGAAUUGUGUUGCUCCUCAGAAUGAUACCUGAAUCGUUCCUGGUCAGGCCACACCGACUGUGCCAAAAUUAAGACUCUGCCAAGACUCCAGCUUAGGUGGGCAUGUUUGUGACAGAAACAGGAAAUGAGAGCAUGGAUGCAUUUUUAAGAAGGCAUAUAUGUAGGGAUGCACUCAUAUUAAAAUUAUAGUCCAUACUGGUAUACCAUUCAUUGUUUUCAUAUUGAGGCCAAUAGCUAAAAAAUGGCUAAUAUUAAAAAUGUAUAUUAUUUUGUCUAUAAUAUAUAAAGAAUAAAACAGUAAAAACUUAAUUGAGGCUUAAAAUUCUGCAGCCAAAAAUGACAAUUUUGUCAUAUAUUUUAUAUGUAAUUAAUAUUAUUAAUUACUCACCCUCAUGUCGUUCCAAACCCGCAAGACCUUCAUUCAUCUUCAGAACACAAAUUAACAUAUUUUUGAUUAAAUCUGAGAGCUUUCUGACCCUGCAUAGACAGCAGUGCAACUACCACGUUCAAGAUCCCAAAAGGUAGACCUACUUGGAAGAAAAGAAAUUAUUGAAUUCGUUAUUUUUGUUUUCUUUGCGCACAAAAAGCAUUCUCAUUGCUUCAUUAAAUUAACGUCGAACCACUGAUGCCACAUGGACUAUUUUAACAACGUGGUUACUACCUUUCUGGGCCUUGAAUGUGUCAGUUGCAUUGCUUUCUAUGCAGGGUCAGAAAGCUCUCGAAAUAUCAAAAUAUCCCACCCCCUUCUCUCUCUCCCACUUCACUUCCUGUCCAACUACAUUGUCCUAUCUAAAUAAAGGCGUAAAAGCCAAAAAAGAGAAAAAAAUCCAAUAUAAUUAAAACAAAAUCUGACUAACACAUUUUAAUAUGACUGACAGAUAAUUAAAUGUAAAAACAGUGGGAAAUAGCAUGCACAAUUGAAUGUCCAAUAUCAGACAAAAACAUCUAAUAUUGAUACAACAUAAAUUUAAAUAAUACCAAACUAUACAUAACAGAAAUAGUUCAUCCAAAAUGAAAAUUCUGGUAUUAAUCACUCACCCUCAUGUCGUUCCAAACUCGUAAGACCUUCAUUCACCUUCAGAACACAAAUAUAUUUUUGAUUUCCUUACUAUGCUUCUAGGCCUUGAAUGUGUGGGUUAGAAAGCGCUCGGAUUUCAUCAAAAAUAUCUUAAUUUGUGUUCUGAAGAUGAACGAAGGUCUUAUGGGUUUGGAAUGACAUGAGGGUGAGUAAUUAAUGACAGAAUUUUCAUUUUUGGGUGAACUAGCCGAUAACUGACAAAUCUAGGUAUUGUGCAUCCCUACAUAUAUGAAGUUCUUUAAUAGAUAAAAUUACAAAUCCCUCAUUUUCAUGGCUUCAGAUCUCUUGCAUGCAGAAUGUGACUGUUUUAUUGAUGUUUACAGCUUUUUGAUGGUCAUGGGGGCACUUGUUAACUCUCUGAGAUCAAGUAUUCUUAUUUUUUUACGAGACAAAACCUUUGCUGUGUAGCACUUUGUAAAUGUUCUGUAUCUAAUGCAACUUAUUCAGUACCACAAACAGUAUGAUGUCGAUAAGCAUGCUGACUCAGGUUGGGCGGUGAGAGGAACUCGCUUUGGGUUUGGCUUGCAUGAACAGAUGGGGCUACACUCGUCUUUUUGAUGCAUUUCAGUUUGCGACUGCUCUACAUCCCCACCACUCAAAUAUGAAUGAGCGUAGCAUGCACAUUUGAUCCAACCGCGUGCAGUCAGUGAAUGCCAGCUUGACUUUUGUUCUCUUGAAUUGUUCUGCUCCGCUAUAUUUAUAUUUAACCUGCUUAGAAAUUCACGCUUGUAUAUACAUCUGUAUGUAUAUAUGUGCCUGUACAUAUUUGUAUCGCUUCCGAUCGCGUCUGGUAAUCUGAAUCUCUUUGAUGGACAUGAACAGUGUUCGUAAUGCAAAUCUUGACUGUUAACACUGCAGUGCUUUCACAAAUUUUAUCACUCUUGAGUAUUUUUAUUGGUAUGUAUUUUGAAAACGGCCCUCUCAGCGUAGGCCAUUUGUUUUGUAUGCCGUUUGUGCUUUGCUGAAACUUUGACCUUACAAGCAUGUUUACACACCGAUUACAGAUCGCCUAUGCUGCACAGUGCAAUUCUACGAAGAAAUGUUUCAGAGACACCAGCCGAGUCCAAUUCUCUGGGUUACAAGUUCUACCUGUUGUUCAAAGUAUCUAUUUACUGAUGUGAAGAAGAAUUCUGUUUGUGUUUAUUUGACAUUCCCUUACAAAUUCAACUGCAUUUUGGUGAAAGCACCUGUGCUAGUCAAGACUUUUCCUCUGUGACAUGAAAUGAUUUGAGAGGCAUUAUGAUAACUCUUGUUGCUAAUAUAAUCCUGAUUUCAUGCAGAUCUGCCUGUGCAUGCCUUAAUGAAUUGCUUUGGAACAACAAUAUGUAAUGUACACUGUAUCUGAACCGAAGCGUUUAAUAGAUCUUGCAGUAUUGAUCCUUCUUCUGCUCUGUACCGACACUGAUUAUGCAUCAUUGAGUCCAGUGAAUAAACUGUCGCUCAUUAUGCCA